GAGUUUCCACAACAGCACUACAGACGACAACUACUGGAGUACCUGUUGUGAUUCCUUCUUCAACCACUAUUGAAAGCACCACUGUCAGUGCAGCCACAACAUCCACAGCACCAACAGCUACAACAACACAUUCUUUAACAGUGACAUCAACUGCUGCUGGAACUACUACUGCAGGAGUUUCCACAACAGCACCACAGACGACAACUACUGCAGUACCUGUUGUGAGUCCUUCUUUAACCACUAUUGAAAGCACCACUGUCAGUGCAGCCACAACAUCCACAACACCAACAGCUACAAUACAUCCACCUACAGCUACAACAACACAUCCUUUGACAGUGACAUCAAGUCCUGCUGGAACUACUACUGCAGGAGUUUCCACAACACCGCCACCGACAACAACUACUGCAGUAACUUCUAUGAUUUCCCCUUCAAUCACUAUUGAAAGCACCACUAUCAGUACAGCCACAACAUCCACAAAACAUCCUUCAACAGUGACAUCAACUGCUUCUGGAACUACUACUGCAGGAAUUUCCACAACAGCUCCACAUAUGACAACUACUGCAGUACCUGUUGUGAGUGCUUCUUCAACGACUAUUGAAAGCACCACUGUCAGUACAGCCACAACAUCCACAACACCAACAGCUACAACAUCACAUCCUUCAACAGUAACAUCAACUCCUGCUGGAAAUACUACUGCAGGAGUUUCCACAACACCGCCACAGACAACAACUACUGCAGUAACUUCUAUGAUUUCCCCUUCAAUGACUAUUGAAAGCACCACUAUCAGUACAGCCACAACAUCCACAACACAUCCUUCAACAGUGACAUCAACUGCUUCUGGAACUACUACUGCAGGAAUUUCCACAACAGCUCCACAUAUGACAACUACUGCAGUACCUGUUCUGAGUGCUUCUUCAACGACUAUUGAAAGCACCACUGUCAGUACAGCCACAACAUCCACAACACCAACAGCUACAACAUCACAUCCUUCAACAGUAACAUCAACUCCUGCUGGAAAUACUACUGCAGGAGUUUCCACAACAGCACCACAGACGACAACUACUGCUGUGACUUCUGUGAUUCCCCCUUUAAUCACUAUUGAAAGCACCACUGUCAGCACAGCCACAGCAUCCACAAAACAUUCUUCAACAGUGACAUCAACUGCUGCUGGAACCACUACUGCAGGAGUUUCCACAACAGCACUACAGACGACAACUACUGGAGUACCUGUUGUGAUUCCUUCUUCAACCACUAUUGAAAGCACCACUGUCAGUGCAGCCACAACAUCCACAGCACCAACAGCUACAACAACACAUUCUUUAACAGUGACAUCAACUGCUGCUGGAACUACUACUGCAGGAGUUUCCACAACAGCACCACAGACGACAACUACUGCAGUACCUGUUGUGAGUCCUUCUUUAACCACUAUUGAAAGCACCACUGUCAGUGCAGCCACAACAUCCACAACACCAACAGCUACAAUACAUCCACAAACAGCUACAACAACACAUCCUUUGACAGUGACAUCAAGUCCUGCUGGAACUACUACUGCAGGAGUUUCCACAACACCGCCACCGACAACAACUACUGCAGUAACUUCUAUGAUUUCCCCUUCAAUCACUAUUGAAAGCACCACUAUCAGUACAGCCACAACAUCCACAAAACAUCCUUCAACAGUGACAUCAACUGCUUCUGGAACUACUACUGCAGGAAUUUCCACAACAGCUCCACAUAUGACAACUACUGCAGUACCUGUUGUGAGUGCUUCUUCAACGACUAUUGAAAGCACCACUGUCAGUACAGCCACAACAUCCACAACACCAACAGCUACAACAUCACAUCCUUCAACAGUAACAUCAACUCCUGCUGGAAAUACUACUGCAGGAGUUUCCACAACACCGCCACAGACAACAUCUACUGCAGUAACUUCUAUGAUUUCCCCUUCAAUGACUAUUGAAAGCACCACUAUCAGUACAGCCACAACAUCCACAACACAUCCUUCAACAGUGACAUCAACUGCUUCUGGAACUACUACUGCAGGAAUUGCCACAACAGCUCCACAUAUGACAACUACUGCAGUACCUGUUCUGAGUGCUUCUUCAACGACUAUUGAAAGCACCACUGUCAGUACAGCCACAACAUCCACAACACCAACAGCUACAACAUCACAUCCUUCAACAGUAACAUCAACUCCUGCUGGAAAUACUACUGCAGGAGUUUCCACAACAGCACCACAGACGACAACUACUGCUGUGACUUCUGUGAUUCCCCCUUUAAUCACUAUUGAAAGCACCACUGUCAGCACAGCCACAGCAUCCACAAAACAUCCUUCAACAAUGACAUCAACUGCUGCUGGAACCACUACUGCAGGAGUUUCCACAACAGCACUACAGACGACAACUACUUCAGUACCUGUUGUGAUUCCUUCUUCAACCACUAUUAAAAGCACCACUGUCAGUGCAGUCACUACAUCCACAGCACCAACAGCUACAACAACACAUUCUUCAACAUUGGCAUCAACUCCUGCCGGAACUACUACUGCAGGAGUUUCCACAACACCGCCAAAGACAACAUCUACUGCAGUAACUCCUAUGAUUUCCCCUUCAAUCACUAUUGAAACCACCACUAUCAGUAGCGCCACAACAUCCACAACACAUCCUUCAACAAUGACAUCAACUGCUGCUGGAACCACUACUGCAGGAGUUUCCACAACAGUACCACAGAUGACAACUACUGCAGUAACUUCUGUGAUUCCCCCUUUAAUCACUAUUGAAAGCACCACUGUCAGCACAGCCACAGCAUCCACAAAACAUUCUUCAACAGUGACAUCAACUGCUUCUGGAACUACUACUGCAGGAGUUUCCACAACAGCACUACAGACGACAACUACUUCAGUACCUGUUGUGAUUCCUUCUUCAACCACUAUUGAAAGCACCACUGUCAGUGCAGUCACUACAUCCACAGCACCAACAGCUACAACAACACAUUCUUUAACAGUGACAUCAACUGCUGCUGGAACUACUACUGCAGGAGUUUCCACAACAGCACCACAGACGACAACUACUGCAGUACCUGUUGUGAUUCCUUCUUCAACCACUAUUGAAAGCACCACUGUCAGUGUAGCCACAACAUCCACAGCACCAACAGCUACAACAACACAUCCUUCAACAGUGACAUCAACUGCUGCAGGAACCACUAUUGCAUUAGUUUCCACAACAACACCACAGACAACUACUGCAGUAACUUCUGUGAUUCCCCCUUUAAUCACUAUUGAAAGCACCACUGUCAGCACAGCCACAGCAUCCACAAAACAUUCUUCAACAGUGACAUCAACUGCUGCUGGAACCACUACUGCAGGAGUUUCCACAACAGCACUACAGACGACAACUACUGCAGUACCUGUUGUGAUUCCUUCUUCAACCACUAUUGAAAGCACCACUGUCAGUGCAGUCACUACAUCCACAGCACCAACAGCUACAACAAAACAUUCUUCAACAGUGACAUCAACUGCUGCUGGAACCACUACUGCAGGAGUUUCCACAACAGCACUACAGACGACAACUACUGCAGUACCUGUUGUGAUUCCUUCUUCAACCACUAUUGAAAGCACCACUGUCAGUGCAGCCACAACAUCCACAGCACCAAUAGCUACAACAACACAUCCUUCAACAGUGACAUCAACUGCUGCUGGAACCACUACUGCAGGAUUUUCCACAACACCGCCACAGACAACAUUUACUGCAGUAACUUCUAUGAUUUCCCCUUCAAUCACUAUUGAAAGCACCACUAUCAGUAGCGCCACAACAUCCACAACACAUCCUUCAACAGUGACAUCAACUUCUGCUGGAACCACUACUGCAGGAGUUUCCACAACAGCACCACAGACGACAACUACUGCAGUACCUGUUGUGAUUCCUUCUUCAACCACUAUUGAAAGCAUCACUGUCAGUGCAGCCACAACAUCCACAGCACCAACAGCUACAACAACACAUCCUUCAACAGUGACAUCAACUGCUGCUGGAACCACUACUGCAGGAUUUUCCACAACACCAGCACAGACAACAUUUACUGCAGUAACUUCUAUGAUUUCCCCUUCAAUCACUAUUGAAAGCACCACUAUCAGUAGCGCCACAACAUCCACAACACAUCCUUCAACAGAGACAUCAACUUCUGCUGGAACCACUACUGCAGGAGUUUUCACAACAGCACCACAGACGACAACUACUGCAGUACCUGUUGUGAUUCCUUCUUCAGCCACUAUUGAAAGCACCACUGUCAGUGCAGCCACAACAUCCACAGCACCAACAGCUACAACAACACAUCCUUCAACAGUGACAUCAACUCCUGCUGGAACUACUACUGCAGGAGUGUCCACAACAGCGCCACAGACGACAACUACGGCAGUAACUUCUGUGAUUCCCCCUUUAAUCACUAUUGAAAGCACCACUGUCAGCACAGCCACAGCAUCCACAAAACAUUCUUCAACAGUGACAUCAACUGCUGCUGGAACCACUACUGCAGGAGUUUCCACAACAGCACUACAGACGACAACUACUGCAGUACCUGUUGUGAGUGCUUCUUUAACCACUAUUGAAAGCACCACUGUCAGUGCAGCCACUACAUCCACAGCACCAACAGCUACAAGAACACAUUCUUUAACAGUGACAUCAACUGCUGCUGGAACUACUACUGCAGGAGUUUCCACAACAGCACCACAGACGACAACUACUGCAAUACCUGUUCUGAGUCCUUCUUUAACCACUAUUGAAAGCAACACUGUCAGUGUAGCCACAACAUCCACAACACCAACAGCUCAAACACAUCCACAAACAGCUACAACAACACAUCCUUCGACAGUGACAUCAAGUCCUGCUGGAACUACUACUGCAGGAGUUUCCACAACACCGCCACAGACAACAUCUACUGCAGUAACUUCUAUGAUUUCCCCUUCAAUCACUAUUGAAAACACCACUAUCAGUACAGCAACAACAUCCACAACACAUCCUUCAACAGUGACAUCAACUGCUUCUGGAACUACUACUGCAGGAAUUUCCACAACAGCUCCACAUAUGACAACUACUGCAGUACCUGUUGUGAGUGCUUCUUCAAGGACUAUUGAAAGCACCACUGUCAGUACAGCCACAACAUCCACAACACCAACAGCUACAACAACACAUCCUUCAACAGUAACAUCAACUCCUGCUGGAAAUACUACUGCAGGAGUUUCCACAACAGCACCACAGAUGACAACUACUGCAGUACCUGUUGUUAUUCCUUCUUCAACCACUAUUGAAAGCACCACUGUCAGUAUAGCCAUAACAUCCACAACACCAGCAACUACAACAACACAUCCUUCAACAGUUACAUCAACUGCUGCUGUAAGUACAACUGCAGGACUUUCCACAAUAGUGUCACAGACAACAUCUACUGCAGUAACUUCUGUGAUUCCCCCUUUAAUCACUAUUGAAAGCACCACUGUCAGUAUAGCCACCACAUCUACACCACCAACAGAUAAAACAACACAUCCUUCAACAGUGACAUCAACUGCUUCUGGAACUACUACUGUAGGAGUUUCCACAACAGCACCACAAAAAACAUCUUCUGCAGGAACUUCUGUGAUUCCCUCUUCAACCACUAUUGAAAGCACCACUGUCAGUACAGCCACAACAUCCACAACACCAACUGCUACAACAACACAUCCUUUAACAAUGACAUCAACUGCUUCUGGAACUAAUACUGUUGGAGUUUCCACAACAGCACCACAAACAACAUCUUCUGCAGGAACGUCUGUGAUUCCCUCUUCAACCACUAUUAAAAGCUCUACUGUCAGUACAGCCACAACACCUACAGAUACAACUACAGGGCCCUCAACUACCAGAACAACUGCUGCUGGAACAUCCACCACCAGUGGAAUAUUUCUCACAACAGUGCCACAAACACAAACAUCUUCUUAUGCUUCAGCCACUGAAUCUUCAACAGUCUUUGAAAGUAUAACAUCCAUACCAGGUUCUGCCACUAGUGGAGCAGUUACCAUGACAUCACCUCCUAUGUUUGUUUCAUUCUCUCCAUCAUCAAAUGUCUCUGAGAGCACAACUCUUAGUACCAUUGAAACAUCCGCAACAACAACAUCAAAAGGAUUCUCUGCACUAAAAACAGAAACUUCUGUUUUUACUUCAGCAACUCCCUAUUCAACAACCUUUUACUCUACGACUGGUAGCACAGCUGGAACAUCAUCAAAUUCAUUUGCCUCAACCACUAAAAAAACUAGUCUCUCAACCACUAAUGCAUCAACAAGACCCUUGACAUCUAAAUUUAUAGUGCCUACGACUACAAUUACAAAAUUUGUACCUGUGUAUCUAACAGAUUUGGUGUUCCGCUCUUUUGACAUAUUUAUAGUUGAACUCAAUGAUUCAAACUCGCAGGCCUUCAAGUCAAGAGCUGAGCUUGUCAGAUCUCAGCUUAGACCAAUCUACAGAGCAAAAUAUCCUUCUUUUAUCGAAGUGAUUGUCUUGUGUUUCAGACCAGGGUCAAUCAUCACAGAAACACAAUUAGUUUUCAACUCCACACAAUCUGUUCCAACCAUUCAAGAGAUUUCAGACACCCUCUUUAUAGCAGUGAUAAAAGGAGAUGUCAACCCCCUAAAUAUAAUUCCAUAUUCAAUUUCAGUCAAUGGUUCAGGAGGAGGAAGUGUUUCAAUGCUAGAAACACGGCCAGUAUCUGUUGAUGUGGCAGUUGAUGUGCCACAUAAGAUGGGAACCACUCCACAGACCGCGGGCCGAGAGGCUACUCAUGACCACUACCCAACCGAAUGCGGAUGCCCUGGAGUCACAGAGUGCAGGCUGAGAGUGCAAGGCCAAAGAACCUGGUAUUGCCUGCUCAGAGCCCACCAGAGUGGGAAUGACCCCAUUGAAACGAGGUGGAGGAGAACCAAACUGGAUUCGGUGGCCUCUUUCUACAGUGUGCAGGACCCAUUAAGAGGUUUCUAUGCUGCCAAAAGGUCUACUAAGGGAAUCAGUCUCUCAAGACUGACCUCUGGUGAACCUGAAGCGGCGAACUGGCAGGGGACUGUUGAACUAGCUGCUCUAGAAACCUCCGAAGAUCAUCAACAACAACAAACGGCAACGACAGUGAUGACAACAACAACAACAACAACAACAACACAGACGACAACAACAAGACCCUUGACAUCUACAACUAAAGUGCCUACAGCUACAACUACAAAAUUUAUACCCAUGUAUCUAACAGCUCUGGUGUUUCGCUCUUUUGACAUAUUUAUAGUUGAACUCAGUGAUGUAAACUCUCAGGCUUUCAAGUCAAGGGCUGAGCUUGUUAGAUCUCAGCUUGAACCAAUCUUCAGAGCAAAAUAUACUUCCUUUAUUAGAGUGAUUGUCUUAAGUUUCAGUCCUGGGUCAAUCAUCACGGACACACAACUAGUUUUUAACUCAACACAAGCUCUUCCAACCGUUCAAGAGAUUUCAGACUUUCUCUUGACAGCAGUGGAAACAGGAGCUGUUGAUCCACUGAAAAUAAUCCCUACAACAGUUUCAGUCAAUGGUUCAGUUAUAGCUACGACUGUAGCUGCAAUUACAACUACAACUGCAGCUGCAACUACAGCUUCAAGUGGACUGAAGAUUGAAUCCAGCCUGCUCCAAGCAACAUGGCUCAUUAUUAUCGCAAAACUAUUACAGCUUUUCCUAUUAUCUUAUUAUCACCACUGGACUCUUUCCGAAAUGGAGGGAAAAGCUUUUAUUAUAAUGUGCAUUUUUAUUGCAACAGUCCAAGCGCAAAGUUCAACAACUCAGUCCACAGUAGAUUCAACAACCGACACCUCUGCAACACCCACAGCUACAAUGACGUCUUCAACAACCACUACAACUCUUGCUGAAUCAUCCACUACUACUGCAGGAGUUACCACGACAGCACCACAAACUACUUUUACAACAGCUGAAUCCUCCACAACAGCUACAACAACAGCAGAUCCUUCAACAACCACUACAACUAUUGCUGAAACAUCCACUACUACUGCAGGAGUUACCACAACAGCACGACAAACUACUGUUACAACAGCUGAAUCCUCCACAACAGCUACAACAACAGCAGUUCCUUCAACAACCACUACAACUCUUGCUGAAUCAACCACUACUACUGCAGGAGUUACCACGAUACCACCACAAUCUACAGUAACAACAACUGAAUCCUCCACAACAUCAGUUCCCUCAACAAGCACUACAACUCUUACUGAAGCAUCCACUACUACUGCAGGAGUUACCACGACAGCACCACAAACUACUGUUACAACAGCAGAAUCCUCCACAACAGCUAUACAACAACAGCAGUUCCUUCAACAACCACUACAUUUCUUGCUGAAUCAUCCACUACUACUGCAGGAGUUACCACGACAGCACCACAAUCUACUGUUACAACAACUGAAUCCUCCACAACAGCAGUUCCCUCAACAACCACUACAACUCUUGUUGAAGUAUCCACUACUACUGCAGGAGUUAUCAUGAGAACCACAAACUACUGUUACAACAGCAGAAUCCUCCACAACAGCUACAACAACAGCAGUUCCUUCAACAACCACUACAACUCUAACUGAAGCAUCCACUACUACUGCAGGAGUUACCACGACAGCACCACAAUCUACUGUUACAACAACUGAAUCCUCCACAACAGCAGUUCCCUCAACAACCACUACAACUCUUGCUGAAUCAUCCACCACUACUGCAGGAACAACCACAACAGCCCCACAAACUACUGUUACAACAGCAGAAUCCUCCACAACAGCUACGACAACAGCAGUGCCCCCAACAACCAUUACAACUCUUGCAGAAUCAUCCACUACUACUGCAGGAGUUACCACAACAGCACCACAAACUACUGUUGCAACAGCUGAAUCCUCCACAACAGCAACAACAACAGCAGUGCCCUCAACAACCAUUACAACUCUUGCUGAAUCAUCCACUACUACUGCAGGAGUUACCACAACAGCACCACAAACUACUGUUACAACAGCAGAACCCUCCACAUCAGCUACAACAACAGCAGUGCCCUCAACAACCAUUACAACUCUUGCAGAAUCAUCCACCACUACUGCAGGAGUUACUGCAACAGCACCACAAACUACUAUUAAAACAGCAGAACCCUCCACAACAGAUACGACAACAGCAGUGCCAUCAACAACCACUACAACUCUUGCUGAAUCAUCCACCACUACUGCAGGAACAACCACAACAGCCCCACAAUCUACUGUUACAACAGCAGAAUCCUCCACAACAGCUACAACAACAGCAGUGCCAUCAACAACCACUACAACUCUUGCUGAAUCAACCACUACUACUGCAGGAGUUACCACAACAGCACCACAAACAACUGUUACAACAGCUGAAUCCUCCACAACAGCUACAACAACAGCAGUGCCCUCAACAACCAUUACAACUCUUGCUGAAUCAUCCACUACUACUGCAGGGGUUACCACAACAGCACCACAAACUACUGUUGCAACAGCAGAAUCCUCCACAACAGCUGCCACAACAGCAGUGCCCUCAACAACCAUUACAACUCUUGCAGAAUCAUCCACCACUACUGCAGGAGUUACUACAACAGCACCACAAACUACUGUUACAACAGCAGAAUCCUCCACAACAGAUACAACAACAGCAGUGCCCUCAACAGCCAUUACAACUCUUGCAGAAUCAUCCACCACUACUGCAGGAGUUACCACAACAGCAACACAAACUACUGUUACAACAGCAGAACCCUCCACAACAGAUACAACAACAGCAGUGCCCUCAACAAUCACUACUCCUGCUGAAUCAUCCACCACUACUGCAGGAAUAACCACAACAGCCCCACAAACUAGUGUUACAACAGCAGAAUCCUCCACAACACCUACAACAACAGCAGUGCCCUCAACAACCAUUACAGCUCUUGCUGAAUCAUCCACCACUAUUGCAGGAGUUACCACAACAGCACCACAAACUACUGUUACAACAGCUGAAUCCUCCACAACAGCAACAACAGCAGUGCCCUCAACAACCAUUACAACUCUUGCUGAAACAUCCACUACUACUGCAGGAGUUACCACGACAGCACUACAAACUACUGUUACAACAGCAGAAUCCUCCACAACAGCUACAACAAUAUCAGUGCCCUCAACAACCAUUGCAACUCUUGCUGAAACAUCCACUACUACUGCAGGAGUUACCACAACAGCACCACAAACUACUGUUACAACACCAGAAUCCUCCACAACAGCAACAACAACAGCAGUGCCCUCAACAACCAUUACAGCUCUUGCUGAAUCAUCCACUACUACUGCAGAAGUUUCGACAGCAGCACCACAAACUACUGUUACAACAGUUGAAUCCUCCACAACAGCAACAACAACAACAGUUCCCUCAACAACAAUUACAACUCUUGAUAAAUCAUCCACUACUACUGCAGGAGUUACCACAGAAGCACUACAAACUACUGUUACAACAGCAGAAUCCUUAACAACAGCAACAACAACAGCAGUGCCCUCAAUAACCAUUACAACUCUUGCUGAAUCAUCCACGACUACUGCAGGAGUUACCACAACAGCACCACAAACUACUGUUACAACAGUUGAAUCCUCCACAACAUCUGCAACAACAACAACAGUUCCCUCAACAACCAUUACAACUGUUGCUGAAUCAUCCACGACUACUGCAGGAGUUUCCACAGCAGCACUACAAACUACUGUUACAACAGCUGAAUCCUCCACAACAGCAACAACAACAGCAGUUCCUUCAACAACCAUUACAACUCUUGCUGAAUCAUCGACCACUACUGCAGGAGUUACCACGACAGCACUACAAACUACUGUUACAACAGCAGAAUCCUCCACAACAGCAACAACAACAGCAGCAGUGCCCUCAACAACCAUUACAACUCUUGCUGAAUCAUCCACCACUACUGCAGGAGUUACCACAACAGCACCACAAACUACUGUUACAACAGCAGAAUCCUCCACAACAGCUACAACAACAGCAGUUCCUUCAACAACCACUACAUUUCUUGCUGAAUCAUCCACUACUACUGCAGGAGUUACCACGACAGCACCACAAACUACUGUUACAACAGCAGAAUCCUCCACAACAGCUACAACAACAUCAGUGCCCUCAACAACCACUACAACUCUUGCUGAAACAUCCACCACUUCUGCAGGAGUUACCACAACAGCACCACAAACUACUGUUACAACAGCUGAAUCCUCCACAACAGCAACAACAACAUCAGCACCCUCAACAACCAUUUCAACUCUUGCUGAAUCAUCCACCACUACUGCAGGAGUUACCACGACAGCACUACAAACUACUGUUACAACAGCAGAAUCCUCCACAACAGCUACAACAACAGCAGUUCCUUCAACAACCAUUACAACUCUUACUGAGGCAUCCACUACUACUGCAGGAGUUACCACAACAGCACCACAAACUACUGUUACAACAGCAGAAUCCUCCACAACAGCUACAACAACAGCAGUUCCUUCAACAACCAUUACAACUCUUACUGAGGCAUCCACUACUACUGCAGGGGUUACCACGACAGCGCCACAAACUACUGUUACACAGCAGAAUCCUUAA